GUCUGACACCUCAAUGAUGGGCCUCCUGGCAUCCUCUUCGACUUAUCUUUGCGACAUUUGCGAUUGAGCAUGUCGCCCGUUAUCAAGAAAAAGAAGGUUGACCUCGGCGCUGGGUUGCGUGUCUCGAAGGACAACAUCGCUGCGCAUCCCGCGGGGCCACCGAGAUAUGGCGAGUUGACGCAAGCGGAGAGGGCAUUCACGCUGGCGUCAACGUUCCUGUCUGGAGUUCUGGCCAUUAGUGCAUCCCAAUUCCUGGGAGCACCACUGAAACUGAUCGAUCCCCAGUUCUAUGAAGGGUACAUGGCCUAUACGAAAGAAUGUUUCGCCAUCCUGAUUACAUGCUUGACCCAAUGGUGGGCGCCUACUGUCGUCAGAGUUAGCGGAGACUCAAGCAUGGUUGGUCAACUCAUUCAGAAGAAAGAUGGGAGUCUGGAAUGCAAGUUUGCGGACCGUAUGGUUCUGAUGGCUAACCACCAGCUGUAUACUGACUGGCUGUAUCUGUGGUGGAUCGCAUACACCAACAACAUGCAUGGCUUUGUCUACAUUAUCUUGAAGGAAUCGCUCCGAAACAUCCCAAUCAUUGGCUGGAGUGCACAAUUCUAUAACUUCAUCUUUUUGGCCAGAAAUUGGGAAGAAGAUCAGCGCCGAUUCAAGAAGGCGCUCUCACGCCUCAACGGUGCCACUCAGCCCAUGUGGCUUAUCAUCUUUCCAGAAGGUACUAAUCUUUCCUCGACCACCCGGGAAAAGAGCAAAGCCUGGGCUACGAAGAACAAUCUGCAAGACAUGAAGCAUCAGCUUUUGCCGCGAAGCACUGGACUGCGGUUCUGCUUGAACGAACUCAAGGAUACCACAGAGUGGCUCUACGACUGCACAAUCGCGUAUGAGGGCGUACCGCCUGGACAGUUUGGACAAGAUAUCUUCACAUUACGCUCAACCUUUUUCGAAGGCCGCCCGCCGAAAUCUGUCAACAUGCAUUGGCGCCGCUUCCAUAUCUCGGACAUCCCCAUCCAAAACACGAAAGCGUUCGAAGUGUGGCUACGCAACCGAUGGCGAGAGAAGGACUACAUGCUCGAGUACUUCCAGAAGCACUCACGAUUCCCAGCUGAGAACUUCUGGAAAGACCAUCUCGAUAUGGGCGACCGCAGCUCGCAAGGCUCGCAAAGCAUACGGAGUGUCCCAAGACCGGCGGUGCAGAUCGAGACCGAAGUCAAGUCAGGCAACUGGAACGAAUUUGUCAAGAUCUUCGCCCCGAUUAGCAGCGUCUUGAUGGCUUUGACGGUUGCAUACGGAGCCAACCCUGCUGACUUGAUACCUGGCGGGAAAGAGUUCUUCGAGCAGCACAUGAAGCAACUUUUGAAUGGUGGCGGCGAGAUGGGCGGGCUUCCAAGUCCUGACCAGCUUGAGAAGAUGAUUGAAGGCGCAGCAAAACUGGGAGCAGCACAAGCUGCUGAUUCACAGCAAAUGCCGCAAGUAGCGGCACUUACACAGGAGAACCUGGCCAAGUUGGUGAAAGAGACCGCGAUUAAGAACGGCGUCGUGUUGCCCGGUGGGAUGAGACGAGCCAGUACAGCACUUCCACAAGCACCGACCAGAACUCUCGCGACACCUACGGCAGUUCCAACACGCGCGAAGAGUGCCAUUGUUACCCCGGCUUCGGCUCAGAAGUCACUCGGGGCUACAGCGAAGGCAAAGCCAGCAACUGCUGUACCUACAAAGGUAAAAGCUGCGCCCGUGAAACCCAAGGUACCCGCAAGAUCGAAACCUACACCACCCACGGGACCCAUGAAGGAAGUAGCUCUGGCAUCUGGUGUUACGAUCAAGGUUCCAGCGACAGCUGUAGAAGAACCGAAAAAGCCUGGCGCGACGACGAUCAAAACAGCCAACGGACUGACUCUCAACAUUGGGAAGAAGGACAUCGAAAAGGCGCAGGAGAAGAAGGGUGAAACAGUCAUGAGCGCUGGAGGUAUUCCGAUCAAGAUCACUUCGAGUGGUAAGAUCGAAGUCGCGAAGAAACCAGCUCGUGCAAGGUCGUGUCCCACAUCAAAGCCUGCGGCGAAGAAGGCUGCAGCGGCACCCGCAAAAGCACCGCCAAAGCUCAAUGGCACAACGAGCGCACCGAAGAAGAUCGCUACCAAGCCAUCGACUCCACAAGCGAAGGCGCCGCCAAAGCUGGCUACGAAGUAGAUGUAGAACAUUGGGAUUUAGGCACGGCGUACUAUAUAAGAGCAAAUGGCUCAGGCGUUGGAUACCCGCACAUUUCAGCAGUCACUUCACAAUUACUUGAACAUUAUAACUUCAUUGCUGUCCAUUUCUGACUACAAUCAAAAACUCACCAUACCUCAAAACGCCUACGAAGUCGUACAAAAACAUACCCCAAGUU